UAUUUGAUAUGAUUGGUGAUAACUUAGGUAAACAUUUAAUAGACGAGUAACACUAUAUAUUCAAAGAAUGCCGUUCACGUACUCACUCUUGUUACUUCACUUUCGGUAACUAAAAUAUACCACCAGUUUAAUAUUUGUCUUGUGUGCAAUUAUUUGUUGUGAAUUGCUAGUAUUUUGGUAAAGAUGAAUUUCUGGAUCACCGUAUCAUACCUUUUAGUAAUCUCUAUAGUGAUAGGAAAAUCUUGGACAUAUAAAGAAACAGUUUCAAACGGAAUUCCGAGGAAUAAACGGCAAAUAUCCCAGGUGAACGACGUAAUGCCUUUUGAUUCAAAACCCAAACUAGAAAGAUUUGAUGAUUUCUCCGCUGAUAUUUAUCUAGAUCUUGUUAAACGAUCAGACACUGACGACAAAAUGUCUGAUAAUUUACUGCUGAAGCCAAAAGUUGACAAAGACAUUCAUUUGUUCGGAGGGAAACGUAGGAUACAGAGGUCGAAUGCGGCGAUGGAAAAAAGCAACAGGAAUUUAAAACCUAAACUUUCAACAAAAAAUGUCAAAGAAAAAGCGACAUUUACAAUUCAUAACACAAGCGCAAAGGAAGUUUUAUGA